AUCGUUUAUCCUAUUUAAUUAUUGUGAAUUCUCUCCUAUAAAUAUUUAUGAAUUAGAUGUGCAAGCUAUUACGUAUCCCCUACCCAUAUUAGGCUGUCUCCAUCACAAUGAAACAUCUUUCAACCUUUCAACCUAAUGUCCAAAAACAAAAUACCGCUACUAUUAAGGAACUUGACCUCUUUCCAGUAGCCCCCGAUCUAAGUUGUGUGCUCACCUUAGCUCUUCCUAUUUCAAUAGGUGGUGGUCUCAGUAGGAUUCAACGAGUUGGAUCGCGAUCUCUGGCUCCAAGAAAAGCCUCAAACGCUUCUACUUCUAGGAAGCGUAGAAAUCUCAUUCCAAAUUAUGAAAAGUUAAGCCCUAUCCUUCAAGCUGUGAUGCGGUUUGACCAUGUAACCAUGGAAGAAAAUCGACAUGCUAUGUCUUCAUCGACCUCACCUAUUCUUGGUGGGGAAUCGAUGCAAAAUCCCAUUGAUGUUGAUCUUCAAGUAGUGGGUCAACCAUCGUCGUCAACAAUCAAUAGUGUCGUGGACACCACACUGACACUUGGGAUUCCAGGAUUAACUACUCAUAGUUUUUCUAGAGAUAGAGGAGGGCAUGAACAAUAUAAUCUACAGUUGACACUAGGACGUGAAUGCCUCUUUUAAGACUAUGAAGGCCCAUGUAUCUUAUUUUAUGAUCUUUCUUUUGUAUAUUGGCUAGGUAGUCGACCUUUGUGGCUACCCUUUUAAAACAUCAAUUGAACUUUUAUAUGAACUUU